CACUAUUAAAGUGUCGACCGUGUACGCUGAAACACGUACAUUUAGCGAAAAAUCAUAAUCGUUUAUCUUGUAGGUUACAUAUGUCAUGUCGUUCAAUAAUUUGGCGCCCAACCCGUCGAAGAUCGUGCUCCAGCUAAUAGUAUUUAUUUUUCUGUUGGUGCCGGGAAUUUUGUGGGCAAUUUUGAAAAAAUUCAUACCGGUGAAGCCUAAAUCCGUUAAAGAACAAGUCGUGUUGAUCACAGGUGCUGGUCGGGGAAUAGGUCGUGAACUUGCGACUAGGUUUGGUAAAUUGGGAGCAAAAGUUGCUUGCGUAGAUAUCGAUGAAACGGAAAACUAUGAAACGGCUAAAAUAAUAAAAGAUUUUGGUGGCGUGGCCACUAGCUAUAAAUGUGACGUUUCAAAAAAGGAUCAAAUAAAAACUCUGCACUCAAAGGUUAAAAAAGAUUUAGGCCCAGUUGAUAUAAUCAUCAACAACGCUGGCAUUGUGUGGGGACAUUUGUACAUAAACCCCUCAAAGGAUCAAUUUAUCACGGACCAAAUCAAUGUUAACCUUAUGGCUCAUAUUUGGAUGAAUAGAGAAAUUCUUCCAUCAAUGUUAGAGAGAAAUAGUGGACAAAUCGUAGCUAUGUCUUCGUUGUCUUCAAUGGCGGGUGUAGCUAAUUUAUCCACGUAUACGAUUUCUAAAUGGGGUAUAAAUGGUAUGAUGGAAUGUUUGCAUAACGAGUUGAAACUAUUCAACUCAAAUGUGAAGACCACGAAUAUAUUGCCGUAUUUUGUGAAAACCAACGAGAAAGUUUCAUCGUUUUUAGAUAUCAGAUUACCCGAAAUACCUAUACACAUUGCAGGUGAUGAAAUGAUGAAAGGAAUACUAGAAGAACGGAAAAUAUUCUCAGUUCCUGGUCACAUGCUCACCAUAUCAAAAAUCAUUAGGCUGUUACCGGACAACUUGCAAACGUUCUUCGACAACAUAUUUUACACAAGAAUUCUUAGAGUACCCGAGGAAGAGAUACUUUUAAAUAAAUAUAAUAGCUUGCAUUUUGUGAAAUUGACUCAUUAUAUUUGGGGCAUUGAUUUUUUAAAUAAACCAAACAAUAUGGGUUUGGUUUCAACAUUUUUAAGUUUUUUUAUUGAUGAGUACAAUAUACCUUCGGAGCCAUUAACAUUUGUUUUUGAAAUAAUAAUAGUUGGAAUACUCAGCAUUCCAAGAGUUAUUGGAACAAUAAUUUCGUAUGUUUAUUUUCCACCAGAACCAAAAAAUGUCGAAGGAAAAUUAAUUUUGAUUACAGGGACCGCCCGGGGAAACGGCCGUGAACUGGCCAUACAAUUUCAUAGGUUGGGAGCGAAAAUUGUGUGCGUUGAUAAAGACGAAGUGGGCAAUAAUGAAACGGUCGAUCGGAUCAAGGCGGAAGGCGGCCAAGCAAUAGGAUUUAAAGUGAAUAUUACUGACAAGGAGCAGGUAAUGAUGAUGCACGCGGCCGUAAGAGAUCAAAUGGGCCCCGUAGACAUUCUCGUUAACAAUUGUGCCGUUAUCGAAACGACAUUAUUUGCUAAUCCGGAAGCUGACGACACUAUAUCGGAUAUAUUCAAUACAAAUUUACUGGGCCAAAUUUGGGUAAUUAGGGAAAUACUUCCAUCAAUGUUGGAAAGAAAUAGUGGCCAUAUCGUAACAAUAUCAUCGAUGACGUCAUUGAAAGGGCAACCUUUACUUUUUGCUUAUACUUCGACAAAAUAUGCCCUACGCGGUAUGAUGGAAAGUUUAAGUAGCGAACUUAAAUUAAUGAAUUCAAACAUAGUUACUACAACAGUUUGUCCAUAUUUUAUUGCAAACUGCCCAGACAGAUCUAAAAGACUAACAUUAAGAUUUCCAGAACUACCAGCUGAAGAUGCUUGCGAAAUGAUUAUCGAUGGAAUAUUACGUAAUGAGCGAAUUUUUACAGUUCCUGAUUAUUACUUUUACUUCGUGCAAUUAAUAAAAUUUUUGCCUGAAGAUUUGCAAGAUAUGAUUUAUGACAUUAUAUAUACAAUCAUUGAACCAAAACCGGAUGAAGAAAAAAGCAUACAAAAAUAUACGAAAUUCGCAGAAAUGCAUAAACCACAGUAUUCAAUGUUUGUACCAUGUUUAAACAUGGGUAGUGUACCUGAUUAAUCAAAAAAAAUAUAUCAUUAUUGUUAUUUAAAAAUAUUGUUAAAAAUUAUUUAUUAUUUUAAACCAA